ACUACAAUAAAAGCAAAUUUCGGUUUAUACUCAUAACAUUUACGUAGUUAUCAGUACUGACUAUCUACUUUCAUUCACACAUAAUAAAGUCAACUAGGAAAGCUCUUUAGAAUCCACAACUACAACCACAACCACAAAAAAAAAUAUUCAAAAUGUUAACUGUAAACAAUACUCCAGGUGUAUUUGAAAGAUCAAAUAACGCCAAUUCUGUUGGUAAUGCUUGUGGAAGCAUACAGGAUAGAAUCCAACAUCUUGCCAUCGAUACUGCCUCCAAAACUAUUGAUAGUUUACCUAAGGACUCUCAAUUCUAUAAAUUAAUUGAAGAUUUGAAAAAGGUGUUAGAUGGUAAAGGACUUCACUCAGAGGAUAUAGAUGUAGAAACUAUUAAAUCAUUGAUGGAUAAUUACACUUCUGAUGAAGCUGAUUGGUUGAAAUAUGCUCUUUAUGAUCCUUCUAGGAAUUAUUCCCGUAAUGGUAUAAUUAAUAUCAAUGAUAAUGCUAAUUUAUUAAUAUUAGUAUGGUCUCCAGGAAAGUCAUCAGCAAUUCAUGAUCAUGCGAAUGCUCAUUGUUGUAUGAAAAUUUUACUGGGUGAAUUAGUUGAAUCCCUUUAUGAUAUCCCAGAUCAAGAUGAACCAAAAAAGUUAUCAUGUAAACAAGAAACUUUAAUGACAAGAGAUCAAGUUGGUUAUAUCUCGGAUAAAAUUGGAUUACAUAAAAUAUCUAAUCCAUUGAUGGAUCAAGCAUCUGUGUCAUUGCAUUUAUAUACACCACCAUAUGCAUAUAUUUAUGGUUGUUCAAUGUAUGAACAAAAUAGUGGAAAGAAACAUCAUGUUGAUAUGAAUAAGUAUUACAGUUGGCAAGGAAAAUUGAUUAAUCCAUCAGAUAGUCAUACUUGUUAAUUUCUAUUCUAUUCUAUUCUACUCUAUUAUUGUACAUAGUUACAUUGAAUUAUUUAUUUACAUAUUCACUUUAAUGAUUCCGACGAAAUAUAAAAUUUUAUUUAUAAUA